AUGGCCGAUGACAAACUCGAUGAUGUUGAGUUAAACGUCAAGACCGGCCACAACAAUAUUAUUGCAGCAAAAAAAAUGAAGAGGCAAAUAAAUGCUGAUCAUGGUAGCAAUGGGAGACCAAUAAAGGCUGAAGGUAAAACAACAACCACAACAACGAAAACAAGGACGAGUACAGUGGCGAAAAAGAAGGGCAAGAGGACUGCAGUUGAGAAGGUGGAAGAGGAGAGGAAGAAUAUUACAGGUGGUGAAUCAAGUGAGGCGGUGAUGGAGAAUUUACAAAGUUGGGUGGAUCAGUGGCCAUGGUUUAGGGGUAGUACUGUGGAUGAGCAAAUGUCAUGGGGGUCCAUUUGGUUGCCAUUUUGGGAUCUGGAUUAUAUGGGUGACGCUUGUACAGAAAUGUUUAGUGAUGUUGUCUGGGAUGAUGAUAUUUGGAACUUGAAGGGUAUUGACAAGAUACCAAAUGAAUAA